AGACACCUAUGGUUUGUUAUCUAAACUCAUGAAAUUCUGAACGACAUGUUCGAACCUGUGAAGCUUAAUCAUUUGUUUUUGUUUAAAUGUCUUAUAUAAUUUGUUCUCAUUAAUCAUGAAAUUCGAACUAUUAAUUUUAACUUGUUUAAUUUUACCGAAAAUUACUUCUGCCGAAGAAGAAUGUUUAAAAAAAAAGAUUUGGUGUUAUGAUUGUUCGACUGAAACCAACCCUAAAUGUGGCGAUCCUUUCAAUAUCAGUUUGGUUCGAGGUGAAGACAAAGAUGUUACCUUAACCCAAUGUGAAGGCUGUUGUAUUAAAAUAGUUAAGAAAAAAGACACUCCUCAGCAAAUAAUUCAAAGAACUUGUACAGGAAAGAUCCAGAUUAACCUUUUCAUGGUGGAUCAUGUUUGCAUGGAGGAGUCAGACGGAAAAGGCCACAUGUGUUUCUGUGAAAGUGAUGCUUGUAACUCAACUUUCAAGAUACAAGUGAAUCCACUUUAUUUAGGAUUAGUCCUUUUAAUUCACAUUUCAUCUCAUCUCUUCAGUUAACAACAUAACCGUCAAUAUUUAUUCAAAUUCAACCACCAGAUGCAGAUUCAUUUACAAUCUGACCUGUUACUUACCUGCCCACUUUUAAUGUCUCGUCGUUUCUUUUGUUGAUGACUGCAAAAUCAACGAAAAUACUGAGCAUGAUGAUCAUUUUAUAUUAUCAAUCGUUUUUUUGUUAAAUACUUUCUUCUUUACCAUUGAUGUUGAUUGGAUUUGACGUGCAGUGUGUUCAAUUAUAUAAUAUAUGGAAUUGAUCUCUGAGUGGACCUACGAUUCGUGAUUAACGUUGGUCUGUUGCAAUUUUUGAUUGUAAACUAAUAACUCAAAACUGUGAUUCUUCAUUAUAAGGACUGGAAAAUUAAUGCAUACUCAAAAUUUGUUACACAUGCCUCUUUUAUUCCAAAUAAUUAUGGUUAUUGGCAAAUAAAUAGCAUGAAAAUCAGCAAUAAAUUUCAUUUUCAUUAUCAU